UUUUUCCGUUGGGAGCCCGAGUUCUCACCCUCUUCUCUAGAUCGGUACGCAAUGCUCCGAGGGUUUGUGUUUUCCUGGAGUUCAAUCGUCGCAGGUAUCCAUUCAAUUCGAGCUGUCUGUUGAGAGGUUCUUGUAAAUCGGAGAUAAUGCGAUUUUAGUGACAAAAUAGGAGCUCUAAACAUUAUGCAGUUGUCCUUGUGAAAAAGUUUUUCAUGUCGUAUCACACAUCAGCCAUAUCCUUGUUGUGAUGCUUGCACCAAGGCUUGCAUAUUCUGUCAAUUGACCAAUUGAUUUGUGGGUAUUCUACUUGCUAAAGACUUGGGUGGAGAUAGUGUAUGAGUUAGCAAAGAACCAUACCUCAAGCAAGUCAAUUACCAUUAUAAUGCUAUUUUCUUCGGUGAUCUGUUUCUCAAAUGGCUCGGCAAAUGAUUGACAAGUUCAAUGAGUACAGACUAGUUUCCAGUGGAAGUGCCAUGCCCACUGGAGACAAGCAAACUCCAAUCUCAGUAAAGAAAGUAGCAUUAAGGGAGUUGCCAAAUGAAGCGAGGAACAUCAUGACUCAGCCACCGGGCAACUCACCACCAUCUAAGGACAGCCAGGCAGUUUCUAAUACUGUAAAAGUAUAUGGUACUAAGAGGCAGCAACCUGAGCAUCCCUCUAGUCCAUCCAGUGCCCAUCUCCCUGCCAACAAUGGGGCAAAUGGACAUCUUGUUUAUGUCCGUAGGAAACUUGACACAGAACCAGGCAAGACAAAUUCUUGUGCCAACACAGAAGCUUCUGCUUCUCUAGAACCAAGAAAAUCGAGCAACGGCAGCACAAAAGAAGCAAAACUGCUGAGGGAGCAACUGCAAGGCUCAUCAUCAUCCUUUCAAACAAUCACUCCGGUGCCAGUUGCUUCUUCAACCAUCUCAUCUCAGGGAACUUCACCUCCAGCUACGCUUGGAAAAUCUGUGGCUGGUUUGGCAUUUCCUGAACCAAAAGAUUCAACGGUCACUACUACAAUGCCUGUUCAGCUCGAGUCUCCUCAACCCUGUGCUAGUCCAAAUUAUUGGAAAGAGAGAUUUCUUCAACUUCAAACGUUUUUGAAGAAUUGCGAUCAGGCUAGCCAGGAUGAUUACAUUAGAAUGCUUCGAUCUUUAUCUGCCGUUGGUCGAAGCCAGCAUGCUGUUGAAUUGGAGAAAAGAGCAAUACAUCUACUGUUGGAGGAAGUCAAGGAAUUACAUCGGAUGAGAGUUCUGAAUGUUCUGGGAAAGGCUUUGCCGAAUGAUCGUGGUUCGCCUUCCAUUUCUGCCACUUCUGCUGUCUUAGACUUCAUGAAAGCUGAUAUCGCCUUCGAGAACCCGAAGUAUCCAUGGUUAAACCAUGGAUGAAGAUAAUCUGCUUCGAGAUGCUUGCUGUUGUUGUAUCUUCUAUAUAUAGAGUUGAAUAUAUCCCUGUUUGUAAGCCUCGUUGAAGUUUUAAAUACUCUCUUUUCUCUUUACCCACACUUAUCAUCUAAAAACUAAGACAUUUAGAGACCUGAAUGUGCCUGAUUAAUGUGUCUCAAGUACCAGAAAAUUUUGUCUAAUUAUUUGUUUAGAAUCAUAGUUUUUGUACUUGCUGAGCUAACAUCUUUAUCCUUUUUUUA